AUGGAAACGAUAAUGAAACACAUUACUAGAAUAUAUUUUGAAGUUAAAAAGUUACCUCGUAAUUCGGGUAAAGGUAUAAUGAGCACAGAACAGAAUAUUAUGGUCUUUCGGCCAACCUGGGCCGAAUUUCAAAAUUUUAAUAAAUUUGUAAAAUACAUGGAAUCCCAAGGUGCGCAUAAAGCAGGCAUUGCAAAAGUUGUUCCACCGCGAGAAUGGAUUCCUAGGAGAAAUUCAUAUUUAAGUGACGAUAUCAUGAAUAUGAAUAUUCCAGCUCCACAGUACCAAAAUGUCACAGGUAGACUGGGAGCUUACCAACAACUUAACAUAAUCAAACCAAAUAAUUCCAUGACAGUGGAGGUAUUUAAAAAACUGGCCGAGUCCCGAAAAUAUAAGACACCUAGUUUUGUUGAUUAUGCUGACCUCGAAAGAAAAUAUUGGAAAACCAUUAUGUACAAUGGAUGUCCAUUGUAUGGUGCAGAUGUAUCGGGAUCCAUUACAGAUAAGGAUGUAAAUGUAUGGAAUAUCAACAAACUAGGUACAAUUUUGGACUUUGUUGACCGGGAUUAUGGAUUAAGAAUUGAGGGGGUUAAUACGGCUUAUCUUUAUUUUGGCAUGUGGAAAACAUCAUUUCCUUGGCAUACUGAAGACAUGGAUCUAUACAGUAUAAACUAUAUUCAUUACGGAAGUCCAAAGUCAUGGUACGCAAUACCACCAGCACAGGGACGGCGUUUUGAAAGACUAGCUAGUUCAUAUUUUCCAGAUGAUUCUUCAACAUGUUCAUCAUUUCUGAGACAUAAAAUGUAUUUGAUAUCGCCUACAAUAUUAAAAACACAUGGCAUUCAAUUCAAUAAAAUAACACAGGAGCCAGGAGAAUUUAUUAUAACUUUUCCGUAUGGAUACCAUGCCGGUUAUAAUAACGGAUUCAACAUUGCGGAGUCCACAAACUUUGCCUCACCCCGCUGGAUAGAGUACGGGAAACGGUCGAAGCUCUGCAGUUGUCGAAAUGACAACAUUAAAAUCGAUAUGACAACCUUUGUGAAACGCUUCCAGCCUGAAAGGUUUGAUUUGUGGAGUAAAGGGAAUGAUGUUGGUUACCAUCCAGAAGAUCCUACCCGAGCGUUUGCAGCACCUUUGUAA